AGGCAGAGCAGUGCGCACGCAUCGCUCAAUAACUUUAUUGUGGCACAUAUCCGGGAAAAUAAACCUGCCACGUGAUUUUUCAAUACGUUUUUUUCUUUCAUUUAGCGGUGAAUGAUAAAUAGGAUUUAGGAAUUCUUUGACAUUAAAUGGAAUUUUUCUGUAAUAUGUUGACUGUCAGUUGCACAUUUGAAUGCGUGAUUAAUGUUACCGAUAGAGCUGUUCGCUCUGUGAAUCUUUUCGAUGUUGGAAAGGUCAUCGGAGGAUAAGGGUAUGGAAGACUUCAGACGGGUCGCGUUCCGGAGGAAGUCCCGAACUUUUGACAAGUCGGACAUGGAGCCCAAGAAAUGGAGCCCAGUGAUUUCAGAAAAGAAAGGCAAGCCCAGCUGUUUCCAUUCCAAGAACACUGAUGAGGAGGCCUGUGUCGGGGUGAAGAUCGAACACGCUAAAGCUCUAAGCAGUAGCCCCAACAGUGCAAGGGUCAGUCGGACAGGUCUGUGUGGGAAGAGUCCAAGUGAGAAGAGCAGGGGGGGUGUCAAUGGAAGAAGUUCGGACAGCAGGCCCUCACUGCAGCCCAAACCACAAGUGCCUCCGAAGCCAGCCCACCUCCAGAGCCCGGUGACGAAGUCCGCCGCCCACCCGCUGGGGCGUGUGGAGAGAGCACUCCUCAGAGCCACCAUGGAGGAGAGAAGAGGAGGGGCGAUGAUGGCGAAGAGCCGGGAGAAACCCUCCAAAGUCUUGAACCUCAUCAACCACUUCGAGGAGAACAGCCAGUCAGAAACCAAGGAGGGCUCACCACUCAAGCAGCUCAGCAAGUCGCCCCUCUGCAGUCCGGCUCACCGGGUCAACCAGAGACAGUCAGAGUCCGAGCAGCAGGACAACAACUCGGUGGAUUCAGACUCUGUCCCGAGAACGCAGCGGGAUGCCCACAAACAGGCAACUAACGGGAUGCUAACCCAAAUGGACAGAGACGGGGACAGGGAGAGUGGGUCCCCCCAGGGGAAAGACACUGCCCUGGAGAAUGGGGACAUGGGGGACGGGAGCAUGGGCGUCACUCCCCUCCUUCACACACAAAGACCCAUACUGGGGAGGACAGUGGACUUACAGGAGGAGACCCCCAAUGUAAACAAAGGAAGCAAGGAGGAGGGCAUUGUGGAGGAGAAGGUACCGGAGACCAAUGAACAAAAGCUGUACAAGAUCGCUACUGAGCUCCUGAAGACAGAGAGGGCCUACGUCACGCGGCUCAACUUGCUGGACCAGGUGUUCUGUGCCAAGCUGACGGAGGAAGCUCUAAAGGGCACAUUCCCAGUGGACGUGGUGAAGAACAUCUUCUCCAACAUCUCCUCCAUCAACACCUUCCACAACCAGUUCCUCCUGCCUGACCUGGAGAAACGCAUGGGAGAAUGGGAGUCUACCCCUCGCUUAGGAGACAUCUUGCAGAAUCUCACACCCUUCCUGAAGAUGUACGCCGAGUAUGUGAAGAACUUUGACAAUGCAAUGGAGCUGCUGAAACAGUGGACGGACCGCUCGCCACAGUUCAAAGCCAUCAUCCAGGACAUACAGAGCCAGGAGGCAUGUGGCAGUCUGACGCUCCAACACCACAUGUUGGAGCCGGUACAGAGAGUUCCCCGCUACGAGAUGCUGCUCAAAGACUACCUGAAGAAACUGCCUCAGGACGACCCCGACCGCCGAGAUGCAGAGAAGUCAUUGGACAUCAUCGCCAUGGCAGCCACACACUCCAACAGUGCCAUUCGAAAAUCUGAUAAUCUGAAGAAGCUGCUGGAGAUCUAUGAGAUGCUGGGGGAGGAGGAGGACAUCGUCAACGCCUCCAAUGAGUUCAUCAAGGAGGGACACAUCCUGAAGCUGGCUGCCAGGAACACCUCGGCUAUGGAGAGAUACCUCUUCCUGUUCAACAACAUGCUGUUGUACUGCGUGCCCAAAUUCAGCCUGGGAGGGGCCAAGUACACGGUGCGCACCCGCAUCGGGAUCGAGGGCAUGAAGGUGCUGGAGACCAUCAACGAAGACUACCCUCACACCUUCCAGGUAUCUGGCAAGGAGAGGACUCUGGAGCUGCAAGCCAGCUCCGAACAAGACAAGGACAACUGGAUAAAGGCUUUCCAGGAAACCAUUGAGAUCUUCCAUCAGAAGAACGAGACGUUCAAGUCCGCCUCCAAAGACGUGGAGGAAGUGUCAACGGCAGAGCUGGGGAAACGUGCUCCUCGCUGGAUUCGGGACAAGGAGGUGACAAUGUGUAUGAAGUGUAAAGAGCCCUUCAAUGCGUUGACACGACGGAGACACCACUGUCGCGCCUGCGGAUAUGUUGUGUGUUGGAAGUGCUCAGACAAUAAAGUGGCCCUGGAGUACGACAGCAACAAGAUUAACAAGGUGUGUAAGGACUGCUACUCCAUCCUGACUGGAGAGGAGAAGGCCGAGGGCAAGAAGAAGGGCAUUCUGGAGAUCGAGGCGGCUCAGUUCUCCGGAAGCAGUAUCAUUUGUGGCUUCCUGCAGCACUGUGAGAAGAACAAGCCCUGGGGGAAGGUGUGGUGCGUCAUCCCAGAGAAGGAGGCAUUGGUUCUCUACCUCUACGGAGCCCCACAGGAUGUGAAGGCCCAGUCCUCUAUCCCUCUGCUGGGCUACUCUGUGGAGGACAGCCCCCGGCCUGCCGACCCUCCAGCCAGCUUCCGUCUGUCCCAGUCCAAGUCUGUCCACAGCUUCGUGGCCGAAAGCGAAGAGCUGAAACAGCGCUGGCUCAAGGUGAUCCGGGUGGCUGUGACUGGGGAGGUGCCAGAGUCCCAGAUGCCCAACGAUGCCACUGCCAACGCCACGGACACCCAAGAGACAAGCUCAGACAGCACCUAACUGUGUGGUGUGGCAUUUAACAGCUGAGGGCCACCAGAGACGUAUGUGCAUGUAUGCACACACACACACACACACUCCCAUGCUACCUUCAUGGACACACACAAGACAAAUGUGCAAACUCAGUGCUGGAUAAGCUGCCUCUCCUCCUCAUAGUGGAUUCUACAAAUCUUAAGCGAGGACUUGGCUUGGCUCCACCACCACCAGAGCUGUGCUGGAAUGGGAAGAACACAAUACAGUUUAAUCAUCACUAGAGCGGAGCAGGGGGAAAUGGACCUCAGAACAGUCUCUACUUCCCCCUGUUCAGGGCAACCUACCUGGGGUAUCUUGCACUCUGAGUACCCCAAGGUCCUUAGCCCAAAAUAGUAAAUAAGAUAGUUUACUCAAGCCGUUUAAAGGUUCCUGUCUGUCAUGCUCACGUCAGAGGGAACAGCUGGUUCUUGUCUACUUAUUGUCCACUCCCGCUCGCCCAACCAUGACCAGAAUAAAUGAGUCAGUGAGAUGUCUCGCCCUGUGUCACCACCUCCACGAAGCGGGGGGCAAUAAGUAGACCAGAGUGGCCCAAAUUAGGUAGUGGGGUGUCUCUACCGUCCCUGCUCAGCCCUCACUGGGGAGGCCUGCAGGCUUAACAGACCUCCUCCAGCUUCAUAGAUGUGGGUCUGCCGAUGUGAAUCAAGAGGGACUGGUUAGAACUACACUGUAUAUAGUGUUACUCCAUUUUCAUGUACAAAGAACCAAUGCUCUCAAUAUGUUUUGGUAAAGUUUGAACAGUGUUUUUGAUCGAAAAACCUGACAUACGAACAGCGGUUCAAAGUAAAGGGUCCUGUCCUAGGAUAGUAUCACAGGGAAAGUUCAGUCCUCACUUCUCCAAUCAGAUAGUUUCACAUCACAGUAGCCAGGAGCCAUGUUCUACUGGCAAGAAUAGAAUCCAUCUAACAGAGUUCCUCUUGUACCUGGGUCAAGGUCCCAGAAAGAUCUAUUAGUCAGAAUAGCAAUCGAGAGGAUCAUUCUAUACUUUUCAAUUGCUGUAAACCCAUAAACUAAUGGAAAAGAUGCAGAAGUACUCCCCCAUCCAGAACGAACAGGCUUCAAUCCAAACCCGCUGAGGGAUAGCCUUUCCAGCCAGGCAAUGCAUUAUGGGUACUCUGCUGCACCUGUCCCAACCUUCCUCACCUUGGAAUCCAGGAGAAUCCACAAACUUCUCCCAAGUCAGUGACCUCUAAAGCAACCACAUCAUUGGUCAGAGUACUGUGUAGAAAAGAGUCACAUUUUGCUACUGCUGUGAUUGACAAUUUGUCAGUCAUUAGAGCCUUUACUCUAAUCCUGUAGGCCUUUAGUAUGAAGACAGACACGCUGCCAUAUGGCAGCAUUGAGGAUGAGUGAAUGGUUGUACAGCUUUAAUGACCUAGCCCCACAGCCCCGUUGUAGACAUGUAUAAUAUACAUAGUGGGGUUCUUUGUAGCUUACCAACAGGGAUGACUAGACUACUAAGGACCCAGAUCUUGUCUUACAUAGGGACAUAGCAGCACAAUCAGAGUUAAACACAAUGACCAGGUGGGGAAAGACAUGUAUUUUUUUUUUAAACAUGUAUUUAAAAAGUAAUUCAUAGAAUAUGUGCAUGAUGGUUUAAGGAAAGUAGCACAAAAAAGUUAGCCCUCAAAUUGCCAUGUCAACUAACAGAUUCACCAAGGUGUUGUCCCUCAUUCAAAUUGAGUGUGACUAAUCUAGGACUGCAGAAUUAAGUGUUGAAUGGAAUAGGCUAAUGUGCCUAUAACCUGUGUUCAUACACGUUCUACUGUUCCAAUCCCCUGUACAGUGCACCUCUCCAAUACCAUUCUCUCCGUACUCACAGAAUGCAGAAGAGCACACCAAUCCUGUCUUAAGAUCUGAAUGUAAAACCAGAUUGUUUGUUCAAAUCUCCCAAUUCCCCCCUCCCCAAGGUUUGAGAAUCUACGCACUUUACCAUCUUAUAUAAAGUGUACCUUGUAAGAAAAUAAAACAAGAUUAAGUAUUA